UCACUUUCACUCUUCUUUCCAUAUCUAAGUUAUCUUCAUGGAGAAAACUUGGUUCCACUAUUUAGCUGCAGCAGCAGUAGUAGUGUCCUUGGCACAGUACUGUUUCUUACCCUGUUUGCCUAUGAAUGUUCCCAACUCCACCACUGAUCAAUCUGCUCUUUUAGCCUUCAAAGCCCAUAUCACUUUCGACAAUCCUCACCACAUAUUGGCCAAUAACUGGUCCUCAGCCACCUCAGUCUGCGAUUGGGUUGGUGUCUCUUGCGGCAAGCGCCACCGCAGAGUGACAGCCUUGAAUCUCCCUGACAUGGGUAUUGGAGGCACCAUCCCACCCCACAUAGGAAACCUCUCAUUUCUAUCCUACUUCAACAUUGCCAACAACACUUUCCAUGGUCAUUGGUCAUCUUCCCAGUGAGAUGGCUAGAUUGCAUCGUCUAAAAUAUGUCGACUUUAGAAUUAACAAUUUCGACGGGGUUGUUCCGGCAUGGCUUGGAAACUUACCCAAACUUCAGUACUUGAGUCUCCCAAAGAACAGUUUCUCGGGUUCGGUUCCAGUUUCCAUUGGCAACAUAUCAACAUUAGAGUGCCUCGAUUUAAGGUACAAUUUUCUGGAGGGAAGAGUUCCUCAAGAGAUCGGUUACCUUCCUAAACUGAAGAAAUUAAUCAUGGGAAUUAAUAAUUUUUCGGGGUCUAUACCCCCAACCAUCUUCAACAUCUCAUCACUUGAAUUGAUCAAUUUCUCAUCUAAUAUGCUGUCUGGAAUUCUUCCGGAGGAUUUGUGUGUUUUUGUUCCGAAAUUGAAAUUUAUCCAUCUUUCCUGGAAUGAGAUUGAAGGCCAAAUUCCAUCAACUCUGGGUGAAUGCAGAGAGCUCCAACUCAUAUCAUUAUCUCUUAAUAAAUUCAGUGGUUUCAUUCCAAAGGCAAUUGGGAAUUUGACUUUGCUGCAAAAAAUAAUUCUUGGUGGUAACAACUUUAAAGGUGAAAUUCCACGAGAGUUGGGUAGUCUACAGAGUUUGGAGAUCUUAGCCAUAGAGGAUGCCACCCUCACUGGUGUCAUCCCAUCUUCUAUCUUUAACAUCUCUUCAUUGAAAGAGCUUUAUCUGUGGACGAAUAAAUUGACAGGAAAUAUUCCAAGAACAAUUGGCAACUGUACCUUACUCUCGGUAUUGGAUCUUGCUACUAAUGACUUGACUGGUCUAAUACCGGAGGAGAUUGGUGAGCUUCUAGAUAUGAAGUUUCUACAACUUUCUUUUAACAACUUAAUGGGUGUCAUUCCUACAUCAAUGUUUAAUAUCUCGUCACUUAAGAUGAUGUCGCUUGUGGUAAAUAACUUGUCAGGCAAUCUUCCAUCAAGUAUAGGGCUUUGGCUACCCAAUAUUUAUGGCAUCUUCCUUGGAGGAAAUAGACUCACUGGAAUUAUUCCAGAGUCAAUCUCAAAUGCUUCUCAACUCGUUAGUUUAGGCCUAAGUGCCAAUGCAUUUACGGGUCCGAUUCCAAAAUCACUUGGCAAUUUACAACUACUCGAUACUUUGAAAUUGGAUGGAAACAUUUUGACAAGUGGGCCAUCUUCUUCCUCUCCAGAAUUGAGCUUCCUCACUUCCUUAGUAAAUUGCAGAUAUCUACAAAGAUUGCAUAUAAGUUCAAAUCCUCUAGAUGGCAUUCUUCCGACAACCAUCGGAAAUCUCUUUGCCUCACUCGAGGCCAUUUAUAUAGAUUCUUGUGGAAUCAGAGGCAACAUUCCUAGUGAAAUUGGUAAUUUAAGCAAUUUGGCAUUCUUGAAUCUGGCACAAAAUGGUUUCACUGGAUUUAUUCCAUCAACAAUCAGACAGUUAGGGAAGCUUCAAAGGUUGUAUCUUUUCAAUAAUAAACUACAGGGCUCCAUUCCAAAUGAUCUAUUAUGCCAUUUGAGGAACUUGGGUGAUUUGCGAUUGAACCAAAAUGAACUUUAUGGAUUAAUUCCAGAAUGUUUGGGGAAUAUUACAUCUCUAAGGUAUAUCUACCUUGAUUCCAACAAACUAACUUCUAUCAUCCCCACAAGCUUGUGGAGUCUUAAAGAUCUCUUGGAAAUCAACUUAUCGUCAAAUUCUUUAAAUGGCUAUCUGCCACCACAAUUUGGGAGUUUGAAGGUUGUAACACUCGUAGAUUUUUCCAUGAAUCAGUUUACAGGAAAAAUCCCAAGUACAAUUACAAGUUUACAAAACUUGGUUAAGCUUUCAUUGGCGCACAAUAAGUUACAAGGACCUAUACCUGACUCAUUUGGCAGCAUGGUGAGCUUGGAAUUCUUAGAUCUAUCAUAUAAUGACCUCUCUGAUGUAAUCCCCAAGUCCUUAGAGACAUUGUCUCAUCUUUCAUAUUUCAACGUUUCCUUCAAUAGGUUAAGCGGACAAAUUCCAAAUGGGGGACCUUUUGCAAACUUUACAAUCCAAUCUUUUAUGUCGAAUGAAGCAUUAUGCGGUGCACCAAAGUUUCAAGUCCCGACAUGCCAUACUAGUUCCCUUCAUCAUUUGACUGGAAGAUUGAUUCUAGCUUUAUAUAUUUGUUUACCUAUUGUGUCCAUACUACUUGCUAUGUCCUUUGUGUUCUUGUUCAUUACAUGUCGAAGAGGAAAUAAAACUCCAACCAAUGUUGAUCUCUUACCAGCAAUAACACCUCCAAGAAUCACAUACCAACAGCUUUUUCGAGCAACUAACAGGUUUAGUGAGGGCAAUUUACUUGGUUCGGGAAGUUUUGGUUCAGUCUACAAAGCUAUCCUUGAAGAUACCACAAUUGUGGCCAUAAAGGUAUUUAACUUGCAAGUAGAAGGUGCAUUCAAGAGUUUUGACAUAGAAUGCUAGAUAAUGCGACGCCUUCGUCAUCGCAAUCUUACUAAGGUCAUUAGCACCUGUUCAAACCUUGAUUUCAAAGCUGUAGUACUCGAGUAUAUGCCUAAUGGGAGUCUUGAAAAGUGGUUGUAUUCUUACAACUAUUUCUUAGAUAUGUUGCAGAGAUUAGACAUAAUGAUAGAUGUUGCAUCCGCAUUGGAGUAUCUUCACCAUGAUUAUUCAAUGCCUUUGGUUCACUGCGAUUUGAAACCCAGCAACAUCCUACUAGAUGAUGAUAUGGUUGCGCAUGUGAGUGAUUUUGGCAUUGCAAAGUUUUUAGAUCUGGGGGAGAGUGUCAUACAUACAAAGACCAUAGCAACAUUUGGGUAUAUUGCACCAGAGUUUGGAUUGGAAGGAUUAGUAUCUACGAGUUGUGAUGUUUAUAGUUAUGGAAUCUUGCUUAUGGAAACAUUCACAAGAGUGAAGCCCAUUGAUGAAAUGUUUUCUGAAGACAUGACGAUAAAACGUUGGAUGAAGGAGUCACUACCAAAUGCAAUCUCUCAGGUUAUAGAUGCUAACUUGCUUAAGCCAGAAGAAGAAUAUCUCAAAGUAGUUGUAUUGCAAUGCGUAUCAUCCAUUAUGGAAUUGGCUUUGAGUUGCUCUGUAGAAUCACCUAAUGACAGAAUCAACAUGAAAGAUAUUCUCGCAACACUCAAAAAAAUUAAACUUUGGUAUCUUGCAAAUUGUGGAAGGAGUUGAAAGAAGAGAAUAUAGACUUUGGUAUCUGGUCAAUCACAACACUCAAAAAAGUCAGCUAGAUGCAUCAGUAGCAUGUAGUAAUUAUGUAAUACUUGGAUUGUUUAUUUUGUAUGUGUUGUACUUUUUCACGACCUUUAUAUAUCGUUUUUGUGUAAGUAGUCAACUUAAGUGGUGUUUGAUGCUUAACUCAGCACUUACAACUGAAUGUAUUAAAGAAUAAUCAAUUAAUCCCAU